UGCGACGCAUGUGUCAUGAUCACAGGCACAGAGCAUGUCGUACGCGUCACCCGUGCGAUCACGCUGGUCAGCCAUAGUAUCGUUCAGAACACUGUCGCGUCUUGCUACCCUUAGCACCGGAAUCGUUCGUUGCGGCGCGUGGCUUGCAGUGGGUGCUAGAGGUCGUACGAGCAAUAUCUCCGCCUUUGUCGGCAGCAACUCGGCCGUCGCCCGACCACGCAAGACCAGCAUCAACAGCAUGGCUGCAAGCCCUCUCAUGGAAGGUGCAGGGAAUCACAUCCAGCGGGUCGAUACUCUGGAAACCGAGAGAGCGCUUGUCAGCAAGUACGAAGCCUUCGUGUUCGAUUGCGAUGGCGUUUUAUGGGGAGGCAGCCACGCCAUCGAAGGUUCACUGGACACGGUGAAGGCGCUACGGCGCGCCGGCAAGCGCACCUUCUUCGUGACGAAUAACUCGAGCAAGAGCCGAAGACAGUACUGUGUCAAGCUCGAGGGCUUCGGGGUGCAUGGCGUUGGUGUCGAAGACAUCGUCACGUCUGGUUCGGCGAUCGCUGCCUACGUUAAGCUCUCUCAUCCGGAUGUACGGACCGUGUACAUGAUCGGGGAGGAGGGACUCGAAGAGGAGCUUGAGAUGGUUGGGCUGAGGGUCGUGAAGGAGGACGCGAGGCCAGCUCCGGGUAUGACGGAGGACGAGUUUCGUGAGAAUGUCACGGACCCAGAGGUUGGGGCUGUUGUGGUGGGACUGGACACGUCCUUCGGGUUUCGCCAGCUGUGUGUCGCCUCCAGCUACAUCCAGAGCGGGGCUCACUUCUUGGGGACAAACCCGGACGUCGCCGACCGAGUAGGAAGCCUGCUCAUGCCUGGAACAGGGCCUAUGUUGGCCAGCAUACAAACAGCCUCAGGGGUGGCACCAGUGGUCGUCGGCAAGCCCAACCCUCUCCUCAUCCGCCAACUGAUGAACCAGAAUGGCCUCGCAGCAUCCAAGACGCUCAUGGUCGGCGACAGGUUGGACACGGACAUAAUGUUCGGCAACGCCGGAGGGGUUUCCAGCGCGCUGGUGUUGACAGGGGUCAGCGAGAUGUCCGAUGUCGUGGGGCUGCAGGCCGGCGGCGACAAAACGCCCACAUAUCUCUUGGAGAGGUUGGGAGCUUUGUUGCCCGCAGCGACCGAGGCAGCAGCGGCGGCGACAGAAACUUCGGCCGUCGCGAAGAUGUGAACGAAGGAUUUCGAGAGUUUUUUUGGUUUGUGCUUCGCCAUGUGGCUGGGGGGUGCGGACGAGUAUCACUCUCUGUCAGACCGCGGCAUUGCCAUGUUUCUUGUCGAUUGAGGGCAUACGGCACACCCAGAUGAUGAGCACACGACAACGAUACCACGAUACCACGGCUUGAUAGUUUUUGUUGCUCCUGGCUAGAGAAUUUUUUCAGGUUCUUGUACGAAAGUGCCGCUGACGCCCUGUGAAAAGUUGAUACAAUUGCCUCUGGCCAUUAGAGCGUUGGAUCCCUCGGCUUCUUGUUACAAACGCUCUCCUGACUUGGCGGUUGUGGGCUAUAAGAGCCGUGCGUGUGCACGGAUUGCGGCUACUCUUUAGGGAAGAGGCUA